UUCUCUUCAUAAAUACUCAGUUAUUACUUUCUUAAGAGAGUUCAGAUUCAGUGAAACUAAAAAUAAAAAUGCAAAAUAACCCGAAGUUUGAUUUUUAAUUUUGGGUAUUUUUGUUGGAGAUCUUGAACGUAAAAAAAAAAAAAAACCAAAUCCUGAAAUUUGGUUUUUUUCUUCUUGAUUUUGGUGGAAAUUGAAGAUAACUCUGUAAGGAAGUUUAGUGAUGGCGAACGAUUUGCAAGUGCUAAAUGCACUAGAUGUGGCAAAGACACAACUGUAUCACUUCACAGCAAUUGUGAUUGCUGGGAUGGGGUUUUUUACUGAUGCUUAUGACCUUUUCUGCAUUUCUAUGGUCACUAAAUUGCUUGGUCGUAUUUACUACCAUCAUGACAAUGCAUUGAAACCUGGCUCUCUGCCCCCUAAUGUUUCAGCAGCUGUUAAUGGAGUCGCCUUCUGUGGCACCCUUGCUGGACAGUUGUUCUUCGGGUGGCUUGGAGAUAAAAUGGGAAGGAAGAAAGUCUAUGGAAUGACCCUUAUGAUUAUGGUCAUUUGUUCAAUUGCCUCGGGGCUUUCAUUUGGUCAUACACCAAAAAGUGUUAUGACUACGCUUUGUUUCUUCAGAUUCUGGCUAGGAUUUGGCAUUGGUGGUGAUUAUCCCCUUUCUGCCACCAUCAUGUCUGAGUACGCUAACAAAAAGACUCGUGGAGCGUUCAUUGCUGCUGUGUUUGCUAUGCAAGGUUUCGGAAUUCUGGCUGGUGGAAUGGUGGCAAUCAUUGUUUCUUCAGCAUUCAAGGGAGCAUUCCCUGCACCAGCAUAUGAGGUUGAUGCUCUUGCUUCAACAGUUUCUCAGGCUGAUUUCGUGUGGCGUAUAAUUCUCAUGUUCGGUGCAAUCCCUGCUGGACUUACUUAUUACUGGCGUAUGAAGAUGCCUGAAACUGCUCGUUACACUGCCUUGGUCGCCAAGAACUUGAAACAGGCAGCUAACGACAUGUCCAAGGUGUUGCAAGUCGAAAUUGAAGCAGAGCCAGAGAAAGUUGCAGCUAUUUCUGUAGCAAAUGGAGCCAAUGAAUUUGGUUUGUUCAGUAAGGAGUUCCUCCGUCGCCAUGGACUUCACUUGCUUGGAACUGCUAGCACGUGGUUCUUGUUGGACAUUGCUUUCUACAGUCAAAACCUUUUCCAGAAGGACAUUUUCAGUGCAAUUGGAUGGAUCCCACCAGCACAAACCAUGAACGCGUUGGAAGAAGUUUACAAGAUUGCAAGGGCACAAACUCUUAUUGCUCUUUGUAGUACUGUUCCUGGUUACUGGUUCACAGUUGCAUUCAUUGAUAGGAUUGGUCGAUUCGCAAUUCAGUUGAUGGGAUUCUUCUUCAUGACAGUCUUCAUGUUUGCCUUAGCCCUUCCAUACCAUCACUGGACUCUCAAGGAUAACAGAAUCGGCUUCGUGGUCAUGUACUCACUCACCUUUUUCUUCGCCAACUUUGGUCCAAACGCCACAACAUUCGUCGUCCCUGCUGAGAUUUUCCCAGCCAGGCUUAGGUCCACAUGCCAUGGAAUAUCAGCAGCAGCAGGAAAAGCAGGAGCUAUGGUUGGUGCAUUCGGAUUCUUGUACGCUGCUCAGCCCACAGAUCCAAAAAAGACUGAUGCUGGUUACCCUGCUGGCAUUGGUGUGAGGAACUCGUUGAUCGUCCUUGGUUGCGUUAACUUCCUUGGUAUGUUGUUCACAUUCUUGGUUCCAGAAUCGAAAGGGAAGUCAUUGGAAGAAAUGUCGAGGGAAAACGAAGGGGAAGAGGAAACUGUAGCUGAAAUGAGAGCAACAAGUGGAAGGACAGUUCCUGUUUAAGUUUUAGACAAGUUAUCAAUUAGUAUAUACUAUGAUGCAGUUUGAGUUAAUUUGUGGUAUUUGGGAUUAGAAAGAGAUGUUUGUUUUGUUUGUUAUAAGAUGGAAUAAGCUCUUACCUUUUUUUUAUAUGUUUGUUUCUGAUGGUAAUUAAACAUUAUUACCUUAGUUCUGCAAAUCUCAGAAAUUCUGAGAUUAUAUAAAGUAACCAAAGGAGGUUCUUUGGUUGUCCAUCUCUUUCUAUAAAACAUUUCUUGACUCUUA